AUGAGUGAUAAAGGAAGUCGUAUCGCCGUGGUGAACGCGGAUAGAUGUAAGCCUAAGAAAUGUCGUCAGGAAUGUAAGAGAUCCUGUCCAGUGGUCAAGACCGGUAAGCUUUGUAUUGAAGUGACUCCAACAUCCAAGAUCGCCUUCAUCUCCGAAGUGCUAUGUAUCGGUUGUGGUAUCUGUGUGAAGAAGUGUCCAUUCGAUGCCAUCACUAUUAUCAACCUGCCAACCAACUUGGAGAGCCACGUUACACAUCGUUACUCCGCUAACAGUUUCAAGCUGCACAGAUUACCAACUCCAAGACCUGGCCAAGUGCUAGGUCUGGUGGGUACCAACGGUAUUGGUAAGUCUACUGCUCUAAAGAUUCUAGCCGGUAAGCAAAAGCCUAACCUGGGCCGUUUCGAUGACCCUCCAGAAUGGCAAGAGAUUAUCAAGUACUUCCGUGGUUCCGAGUUGCAAAACUACUUCACAAAGAUGCUGGAAGAUGACAUCAAGGCCAUUAUCAAGCCUCAAUACGUUGACAACUUGCCAAGAGCUAUCAAGGGUCCAGUACAAAAAGUCGGUGAACUUUUGAAAUUAAGAAUGGAAAAGCCACAAGACACAGUUAAACAAUACAUCAAGACUUUACAACUUGACCACCUGCUGAAUAGAGAAAUUGGCCUGCUAUCUGGUGGUGAACUGCAAAGAUUUGCCAUUGCUAUGUCAUGUGUCCAAGAUGCUGAUGUUUACAUGUUCGAUGAACCAUCCUCCUAUCUGGAUGUCAAGCAACGUCUGAACGCUGCUUUGAUCAUCAGAUCCUUACUAGAACCAUCCAAAUAUGUCAUUGCAGUCGAGCACGAUUUGUCUGUGCUAGAUUACUUAUCUGAUUUCGUCUGUAUUCUUUACGGUGUUCCAUCUGUAUACGGUGUUGUCACUUUGCCAUCCUCUGUUAGAGAAGGUAUCAACAUUUUCUUGGAUGGUCACAUUCCAUCCGAAAACAUGAGAUUUAGAACUGAAGCUCUGCAAUUCAGGAUCGCCGACUCUGCAGCUGACAUCAUCGUUGAUGCUACGCGUGCUUACUCCUACCCAGACAUGAAGCGUACACAAGGUGAUUUCACAUUGAACGUCCAAUCCGGUGAGUUCUCUGACUCUGAAAUCCUGGUGAUGAUGGGUGAAAACGGUACUGGUAAGACCACUUUGAUCAAGUUGUUGGCCGGUGCUAUCCCAGCCGAUGACGGUACUUCUGUUCCAAAGUUGAACGUCUCCAUGAAGCCUCAAACCAUCGCACCAAAGUUCCCAGGUACCGUCAGACAACUGUUCUUCAAGAAGAUCAGAGCCCAAUUCCUAAACCCACAAUUCCAGACCGAUGUGGUCAAGCCACUAAAGAUCGAUGACAUCAUCGACCAAGAAGUCAAGCACUUGUCCGGUGGUGAAUUGCAAAGAGUCGCCAUCGUGCUGUCUCUGGGUAUCCCUGCCGACAUCUACCUGAUCGACGAGCCUUCCGCUUACUUGGAUUCCGAACAGCGUAUUAUCUGUUCCAAGGUCAUCAGAAGAUUCAUCCUACACAACAAGAAGACCGCGUUCAUUGUCGAGCACGAUUUCAUCAUGGCCACUUACUUGGCCGACAAGGUCAUUGUCUUCGACGGUACCCCAUCCCAAAACACAACCGCCACGGCUCCAGAGUCCCUACUGACCGGUUGUAACAGGUUCUUGAAGAACCUGAACGUCACCUUCAGAAGGGAUCCAAACUCCUUCAGACCAAGAAUCAACAAGCUGGACUCCCAAAUGGACAAAGAACAGAAACUGUCCGGUAACUACUUCUUCCUGGACAGCAACGGUGUCUAG